AUGCUUGGUCCUCGAAUUCGGGACCUAAGAGAGGCUGCACGAAACGAUGACAAUUUAAAUCGGUUUCUCAGUCUCACAAAGGUCUAUCUUCCGAGGUUGCCUAAGGCCUCUGCAGAAUAUCUAGCAGCCAAGGUCCCGGUUGUACAGUGGUCUUCCAAAUAUUCUUUCUCGUGGUUAUGGAGUGACUUGGUUGCGGGAAUCACGAUCGGUAUUCUACUCGUUCCCCAAAGCCUUGCCUAUGCCAAAGUCGCAAACAUUCCUGCUCGUUACGGCCUCCUGUCCAGCUGGCUGCCGACCUUGAUCUACGCCAUCAUGGGAACUUCAAAAGACGUCACUGCUGGUCCGACUGCUAUAAUGGGUCUUCUCACGGGAGAAAUCGUUACAGAUCUUGUCAAGACAGGCUACGCAGCCGAGUCUGUUGCCACUGUAGUUGCUUUCUGGGUCGGCAUAUAUUCAUUGAUUCUCGGACUCUUUCGACUUGGAUUCCUCCUUGAAUUCAUUCCCCUCCCCGUGUUGUCUGGUUACGUUUCAGGCGCGGCAAUCACGAUUGUUCUCCAGCAACUCAAGGGACUAUUUGGCGAAGGGAAGACUGCCAGUGACACCGCUGGCGUAAUUCGCGUGUUCUUUCAACGACUACCAAACACCAAUUGGCGCGCAUUUUUGAUGGGCUUCUCAAGCAUCAUCUUACUACUCGUCCUACAAUUCGUCGGUCGCGAAUGGGGCAAAAAGUAUCGAAGCCUGUGGUAUCUCUCCAUUGCUCGCAACGCUCUUGUUCUCAUAAUAUUUACAGCAAUCAGCUGGGGAGUAAAUAAGUCACACAAGAGCGAUCCCCUGUUCGGAAUUUCAGAAGUCACUGGCACAGGAAUCAUAGCUCCCUCUGUUCCUGAUACGCAACUACUCGUCAAAACUGCAGGCCGCAGUAUCGCACCUUUCCUAGCAGCCGCAUUGGAGCAUCUUGCUAUCGGUAAAGCAUUUGGUCGUCGCCACGGCUAUGUCAUCGAACAAGACCAGGAGCUCAGCUAUAUUGGCGUGGCUAAUUUGGUUGGAAGCUUCUUCUCCAGCAUGCCUGUCACUGGGGGGGUUCUCGCGUACUGCAAGUCAGGAGUGAAGAGUCCUCUUAGUGGCCUGGCGACGACUGCUUGCGUUCUGGUCAGCAUUUACAAGCUCACAGAUGCCUUUUACUGGAUCCCCUCUGCAACACUAUCGGCCAUCAUCAUCAUCGCCGUCUGGCAGAUUAUCCUACCAUUCCGGGUUUUCUGGCAGUAUUGGAAGACAUCCUUUGCCGAUUUCGUCGGCAGCAUGAUUGCGUUCUGGGUAACACUCUUUGUGGAUGUUGAGAUCGGCAUUGCCUGCGCAGUUGGGUAUAGCAUCGUCUAUGUCCUUUUCCAGCUCGCAUUCGCCCAAGUGGACAUGGUGACAAACGACAACUAUUCACAGCUCUACCCAGCUUCAUCACACAGCGCAUUGCCCUCACGGCUUCCCGAGGAUACGGUUGUAUUUGCUCUGCGUGAUUCAGUCCUUUAUCCCAACGCCGCUCGCAUCACGCGCCAGUUUACCGAGUAUAUUUACUCUUAUACUUCUGGAGCGCAUGAAACUCCUUCGGGGACCACAGAGGACUACCAAAAUGCGGAAAAAUCCACCAACAGACUCUGGAAUGAUACCAAAGCUAGACGCAUCGAAGAGCAGCGCAAGAAAGCAGGCACAACAAACAACGAGGAGAGCUUCCUUCCCCAUGUCCGCACAGUAAUUAUCGAUAUGACGCGCGUCACACACAUCGACACAAGUGGGAUGCAGGCUCUAGCAGAUACCAGAUCCAUGCUGAAGGAGUGGGCCGGCCCAGAUGCUGAAGUGGCCUUUGUGGGGUUGAAUGGACGAGUGAGGGAGCGAAUCCAAAGGGCCGAGAAGAGCUUCGUAUCUUCAAAUAGUGAUGGUAGCCCUAGAGAUCAAGGCUACAUUGUUUUUGACGUUCUGCAGACAGCACUAUCUAACACUCAUACUCCAGAGGAGAGUAGUGCGGACGUGGCCAAGAAUGCAUCGUCACUGGGGUCAGAUUGA